AAAGGUAGGGAGAAAAGAUGAUGAGGUACAACUCUUUGUUAAUUAGCCCAAAGAUGGAAGAGCAGCAAGUGCCAGACACCAUCCUCACCAAAUUCUCUGAUGCCAAACAGGUUUACGGCCAUGAAGGCAUGGAUAUUAUGGAACUGGAGGGCUUUCUGGGCAUUGAAGAAGAAGACGAAGAAAAGAUUCCAGGAAAAAGUAUGUGCGGUGCUGGUCACCUUAAUUGGGACUUCAUGGACUGGGAAGAAGAAUUCCCAGUUGGAGAAGAAGAAGAUGAGCAACUAGGAGAGCAGAAGUUCAACGAAGAAAACCAUUAUGGGAAAGUCAUAAAAAGAGAGGAUUUUGGGUCUGGGGAUGGUGAUGAGAAGAUGAUGUCUCUGAACUUAAACUUGAACUAUCAAGAGGUCUUAGAAGCCUGGUCCGAUCGUGGGUCUCUUUGGGCUGAUGAUUGCUCUCUUUCCUUCAAAAACACUAGCUAUAUGGGAGAGGUGCCGGUAAUGGAAGAAGAGAAAACCAGAAGAGAAGCCAGUGUUCUCAGAUACAAAGAGAAGCGCCAAACCAGAUUGUUCUCCAAGAAGAUAAGAUAUCAAGUGCGCAAACUCAAUGCAGAUAAAAGACCCAGACUCAAGGGUCGAUUUGUGAAGAGGGUUCCAGAGAAGAUGCUGAAAACAUGAUCAGAACUCUCAAACUUGUGAAAUAUCUCACAAAAAUAUCUCAACUAGCUGUGGACUUUUGCUAAUAUUUGUGCUUUGUCUCUCAAUGAAAAUAUCUCUCAUUCUCUCUCGAAGUUUUUUCUAUGGCGCCUUUUUGUGGAGCUUUACAUGGUGCAAGUGAGGUGUAUCAUGGGUCAAUUGACCCUACCGUGCAUACUCUGACAUGGGUCUAUCCUCUCUCUUUGCUCUAUUGUGAUGCCCCCCAAAGAGUUUAACCAGCAGUGAUGAGCUUGGCUGUGGUCCAUUGAUGGUGAUGGUGAUGGUGGUGGCCGGUGGUGGUGGUGGUCCUCAUUCAUGUCUAUCCACCACCGUUUUCAUACAACUCUGUUUUUUUCUUUUCCCUUUUAUGAGGUUUAAUGGCUAUAGUGUCUUUUUUUCCUUAGCCUCCAGCUUCUUCCUGAGAAUUGUCAUUGUUAAUUUUAUUUUGCAUGGUAAAAUAUUUUCUGAGGAAAAUUUUCUUUCA